CGCGUGACGCGCGAGACUCAGCGCGUGGUGUCACCGUGGGAACCAGGAGACUGACAGGAGGACGGGCGGGGAGGGGCGCGCGCCACGCCAGUGUGAGUGGACUCUCUCCCUGGCACAUAGCCGUCAGCUCAGACAGACUCACUCUGAAUCAUUCAUUCUGCGUUAUAAAGCUCCGUCAUCAGGCAGCGGAUGGUGUUGGUUAAGCGCUAGGACAGUGCUGAUAGUGAUGAUGAUGAUGGAAGGACAGUGCAGUCGCUGUAAGAUCGUGGUGGUCGGUGACACUCAGUGUGGAAAGACUGCGCUGCUGCAUGUGUUCGCCAAGGACAGCUACCCAGAGAAUUAUGUGCCCACGGUGUUUGAGAACUACACUGCGAGCUUUGAGAUCGAUAAGCACCGCAUCGAGCUGAACAUGUGGGAUACAUCAGGGUCCUCGUAUUAUGAUAAUGUACGACCGCUUGCGUAUCCGGACUGCGAUGCUGUGCUCAUCUGUUUUGAUAUCAGCAGACCCGAGACGCUGGACAGCAUCCCUAAGAAGUGGCAGGUGGAGGCUCAGGAGUAUUGUCCUAAUGCCAAGUUGGUGUUGGUUGGCUGUAAGUUGGAUAUGAGAACAGAUGUCAGCACCUUACGAGAACUGUCCAAACAGAGACUCAUACCUGUCACUCAUGAACAGGGGAGUUUACGAGCACGCGAGCUGGGCGCAGUUGCAUACGUGGAAUGUUCAUCCCGAAUGUGCGUGAACAGCGUACGGGACGUCUUUCACAUCACCACGCUCGUGUCCGUCAGACGUGAAACCGCCCCGAGCCUCAAGAGAAGCUCCUCGCGCCACGCUCUCAAGCGCAUAUCUAAUCAGCCUCUGCUGCCAGUCAGCUCACAAGACACGCCCCUUGAACCCACCCCGACCCUCAGGGAGGACAGAGCCAAGAGUUGCACAAUCAUGUAGACACAGCGGGGUGUGUGGAUGAAAAGAUUGCACAGAAUCUCUGUAUUUAUGGGACAUUGAGGGUCAUAUUGUCCUAUGGCCCAUGGGACUGUACAGUUGUGUGAAUACAUUACAGAGGAGUUCUAUUUAUUAACUUCAAGUUUGCUUUUAUUUUUUAUCAUUGUUGUAUGGUUUAGCAGACCUAAGUGUCACAAAGUGUGUAAAACAAAUGCAAAAAGAAUAAAAAAAGGGGUUGGAAUUUAUGGACAGCUUCAAUAUUCCCCAACCCCCAAGUGUCA